AGCGUAUGAAUAAGACGAGUAUUUAUGAGAAUACAUGAUUUACUCAUUUUGAACCGGAAACCUUACGCCGCCAUGACAUGCCACAUUCAAAUUUGCGUGCCGUUUCUUGUUUUUCAUUUAUUUUUCUCUACAAGUUCAUUACCACAAUAGAAGAGCUACCUGAUUCAUAAAAAUUACAAUUGCGAACGUAUGGUGAACUGUCCUAUUUCAUUUCAUAUUUAGAGUAAGUAAAUAAGAGUCAACUUUCUUUGGAAAAAUAAUAUCUUUGAAAGUACUUUUGAUACACCAAUAGUACUUUUAUGGGGCUUGUCAUUGAUCAUGUGAUCAUUUGAGUUUGACAAGAAGACAAAAUUUCAAAACAUUGAACAAAAUGUCUGUAAAUAGCUGUAUAAAGCUGUAUAUAAGUGUUUUAUGUACUUGGAGUGUACUGACUACUACUAUUGCAUCUGGCAGUGAACAUUCUGUGCCAUAUAAAGGACAUCUUCCUCAGCCAGAAUUACAGGGACAUUCAGCUCACACUGACUCUGGCCAUGGCCAGGGUUCUGUAUAUAUUCCAUGGCAAGCAAUAGAUCAGACAUGCUUAGCAUUUGUAGAAGCCAUGGCACGAUCGGCAGCAAAUUUUGUAGAAUGUAGUGUACGUCACGCUAGACCUCUUCAUUUCUGUCAAAGCUGCAUUGAUGAUUAUGUCCACGUGCAGUCUGCAUAUAAAGCCAUUGCAGAGGAUGACAUAAAAGAUUCUACAGGUUCCACAUGUAAAGAUGUUCUUCUCAGCAGAGAUAGGAUACAGGUUGUGAAGAAAACAUGGUCUUUUGUUGAUGACAUGUGGUCUAAAGGCUACUGUAGCAGCUGUUUUUCAUCAUACAAGGAUGUGAAUGGAACAGUUGAGAAGGAAUCUUCACAUGGAGCUCAUGAGUUUGAAAUACUCUUCCAAGAAGUAGCCUCAUGUGUGUCCAAUGUGACAGGGGGUGGGAUAUCUCCAUAUAACCACACAAGUAAAGGGGGUGCCCUAGUGUGUACUAAAUGUCUUGAUUCAUAUAACAAGCUGAAUAAGCACUAUGCCCAUAUAGAGCAUGAGACACACAACCAUGUCUGUGUAGACCUUGUAGAUGCUAUGAACUACACAAGAAUUAUGUGGAGCGAUCAAUUCCAUUGCACGGUGAAGUCUCGUGACCUGAUCCCCGUCAUCUGCCUCACCGUCUUCUUCAGCCUCCUUCCCAUAGUCUUUUAUAUUGGCAGCAAAAUACAUGGUGUGAAACAAGAAAGAAAAAUUAUAAAGCAGAAACGACUUAAUAGCAGCAGUUAAAGAAAUUCCACCCAUGCUAUCCACAAUUGUGCCAAUGACUAAAGACAACUUAUUGGAGUGAUACCAAAUCCAGGGAGAACCACCAAAUAUAGGAGUGAUACCCAAAUCCAGGGAGAACCACAACAUAUAGGAGUGAUACCCAAAUCCAGGGAGAAGCACCCUAACAACCAAUAUUAUAAAACAUUGUAUUUAUUUCAAAUAGUUGUCAUGCUGAAAAUCACUAAAUAUUAAGCAAUUGACUAGUUUAAGAAAACCAAAUAUCAAUAUUUGUACAUAU